GUUCAAUCUGAACGUUCGACACAACUCAAUGUAGUUGUAAGCUUACAGUUAUAAACGGAAAUUGUAGACAAGAUAAUAAACAAUAGAAAUAAUUCAAAUAACAUGGAAUACGAGAGCGUGCUGAUUGUUAAACCCGAGGUAUUCAUAUACAAAAUACCGCCACGCGCCAGCAACAGAGGAUAUAGAGCAGCGGACUGGAACCUCAAAGAGCCCACUUGGACCGGACGGAUGCGUCUGGUGGCCAAGGGCACCACAUGCAUUCUUAAACUGGAGGAUAAGACGAGCGGCGCUCUAUUUGCCAAUUGUCCCAUCGAUACAUAUCCCGGCGUGGCCAUCGAGGCGGUUUCCGACAGUUCGCGGUAUUUUGUUAUACGCGUUCAGGACGACAAUGGGCGAUCAGCAUUUUUGGGCCUGGGAUUUGGUGAUCGUUCCGAUUCGUUUGACUUGAAUGUCGCGUUACAGGAUCACUUCAAGUGGGUUAAGAAUCAGGAGCAAAUCGAAAAGGAGAAAACCGAACCCAAACAGGAACUCGAUCUUGGCUUCAAGGAGGGCGAAACUAUCAAAAUUAACAUGCGCAUAACGAAAAAGGAUGGCUCUGAGGGCAGCUCGCGUACUGGCAAGGGCAAGGGAACUGGUGGCGUGCUACCACCGCCACCUGGUGGAUUGGGAAAAAUAGCACCACCACCGGCUGCAGCGGCACCAGCGACGUUGCGACAAAGUCCAGGCGCCUCGCCAGCUCACAGGAGCAGCGGAGGCGGCGCCGGCACUGAAUGGACCGACUACGCAUCCGCCGGUGGUAAUCAAGGACAACAGAAUACGGCGAAUGCCAAUUGGGUGCAGUUUUAGGCUGAAAUCGGCGCAACGUCACGCACUUUUCUUGUGUUAAGGCUCUUAAUGUGUUUUUUUUUAUUGUUCAACACACACACACACACACAACUUUCACUCGCUAUUCAAAUGGACAACAGAACGAGCUCCGAGAAUGACCAACACAUACACACUAAUACAUAUAU